UCAAGAAAAGUACAAAAGGAAUACUUAUAUAUACAUAUAUAUAUGUAACUAUUGUACCGAAAUUUUCGGCAAUUGUUAUUAAUUUUUGGUUAUCCAUAAUAUUUAUCAAAAUUACAUUAAUUUAUUAUUGCAAUUACAGUAAUAGAAAAAUUUUUAAAUUUUUAACCAUAAAAGAUAGAUGCAAUAUAAUAAAAAGUGAAUUAUUGCAAUGUCUAAUUUUGUAUUCCAUGCGUUGAAUUAUUUUGGUCGAUUUACGCCGAAAAAUUCAUUAUUGCUUUUGUCAACUACACAAAAAUCAGUAAUUUUAAAUCAACUGAAACUCCGUCAUACAAAACAUUGGAAUCCAAAAUGGAAAAAAUUCAGAAAAGAAAAAGUUAUCAAAGUCAAGUUGCCGAACUUUAAUGAAAACGAUGAUGAAGAAUUUACUCAAGAAAAAAUGCGAACUAAAUUCAAGGAACAAGGAUUGAUGCCCAGUAAACCUUGGAUAGAAAAACAAAUAUUUUUAGGUUGCACUGGUGCUGUUUUUGAACCGUACGUUCCGCCAGAAGGUGAUGGUAAAUUUUCGGUUGUUACAACUACGGGUGUCAAACAAAAAGCUGAUUUUAUGAAGAAAAAAGGAACGUCUUAUCUAGCAGUUCGAAAAAUACGAACCUUUGAUGAAGACUUUUCUAUCGGAGACUUUGAAGAUGAAGCCCAACAAAUUUACUUGAAAGCACACGAAGCGAUAGCAAAGAAAGACAAAGAAAAUCUGCGCCUAUACGUUACUGAGAAGGCAUUUCCGGAAGUCCAACACAAUACUCUUGACAAGACCAUACACUGGACAUUUAAUGAAUCAUUGGAACUUCCUCGUGUAGUGCACGCACGUACCACUUACAUAGUAACCAAAGAAAACGUUUUCGCUCAGGUUACUGUUCGUUUUCACAAUCAACAAACUUUAGCGGUUUAUGAUCGUUUCGGUCGUCUAAUGCACGGUAGUGAAAUCGUGAAAAAAGACGUCCUAGAGUAUGUAGUUUUUGAAAAGCAUUUAGCUAAUCAAUAUGGAAGUUGGAGAAUUCAUGCUAAAAUAAUUCCACCAUGGAUGCCAGAAAGAGAAUAUGCUAACAGAACUUAUACAAUACAACCGGAAAUUCCUCCGAAAGAGGAAAGUAAUACUGCAGUCAAAGAUUCCACUCCUCCAAUAAAUCCAACUGUCACCAAUUCAAAAAAUGAUGUACAGCCCCAAAUAAAUAAUUAAUAGAAUUAUGUUAAAGAAACAAAAAUGAGUUAAUUCAAAUCAAAAGAAACAAGUUAUUAUUAAAUAAUUAUUGUAAUUAA